AGCAGCAUCACAAAGGUUCAGCUCCUCCCUGCUGUAUCCUGGAGACACAGAAGGAGGGAGGGAGAGGAUCAGGGUCAGAUGAAUACCAGUGUGAGUGUGACGAAGGCAGCAAAUGAAGAGGAGACUGUGUGUACCUGUGUGUGAGAGAGGACGAAUCAGGGAGGGCUAGAGAGAGAGAGUUGGAGUGGGGUGGGGGGCAUUGUGUGUGUGAAGGAGACAGAGAGGAAACCCAGACAGGAGGAGGAAGAGGACCUUAGAGGGAGGAAGGAAAAGGGGGGCACGAGGGAAAAAGACAAGACAAGAGGACCCAGAUUAAGAAGGAAGAUGGCUGAGCCGGAGCUGAAAUCCAGGAGCAGCCGAGAGAGCGUUGCCAAGGCAGCGAGCCAGGAGAAGAUAGGGGCAGUUGAAUCAGAACCAGACCAAGAUGGUCUUAUUGUGGAGCAUCCAGCGUCUCCAACUACCCCCAUGGUCCCUUCUCCCACUAGCCCUGCGAAAGACUCUGCCAAAGGGGAGAAGAUCGUGCUCAAACGCAGCAUCACCCUCUUCAAUGGAGUGGGGAUGAUCAUAGGCACCAUCAUCGGCUCUGGCAUUUUCAUCACUCCAACAGGCGUGGUCAAAGAGACCGGCUCAGCGGGGCUCUCCCUGAUCGUCUGGUCUGUCUGUGGGGUGAUCUCCACCAUGGGCGCCCUGUGCUAUGCCGAGCUGGGCACCACCAUCACCAAGUCUGGGGGAGACUACACUUACAUCCUGGAGGUGUACGGAGAACUGGCGGCUUUUCUUAAGCUGUGGGUGGAGAUGCUCAUCAUCCGGCCCUCGUCCCAGUAUGUGGUGUCGCUGGUGUUCGCCACCUACCUGCUGAAACCUCUGUACCCAAACUGCCCCGUGCCUGAUAGUGCCGCCAAGCUCCUCGCCUGCUUGUGUCUAACCUCCCUGACGUUUGUAAACUGCAUCAGUGUGAGAGCGGCUACCAAGGUGCAGGACUUGUUCACAGCCUCCAAACUGCUAGCCUUGAUCAUCAUCAUCCUCUUUGGCUUCAUCCAGAUUUCAACAGGUGAUGUGCCAUACCUGACACUAGAGAAGUCAUUUGAAGGCAGUAAACUAGGAGUGGACAACAUUGUCUUGGCUCUGUACAGCGGUCUCUUUGCUUUUGGAGGCUGGAACUACCUGAAUUACGUGACAGAGGAGAUGAUCGAUCCAGAGAAGAACUUGCCCUUGUCCAUCAUCAUAUCGAUGCCUAUAGUGACGGUGGUGUACGUUCUGACCAACCUGGCCUACUUCACCACCAUCUCCCCUGAACAAAUGGUCGAGUCUGAGGCUGUUGCCGUGACUUUCGGGGAGUACCACCUUGGUGGGAUGUCCUGGCUGAUUCCUGUCUUUGUGGGACUGUCCUGCUUCGGAGCCGUUAACGGAUCCCUUUUCACCUCAGCACGGUUGUUCUAUGCUGGAGCUCGAGAGGGUCAGCUCCCUGCUGCUCUGGGAUUGGUCCACACAGACGUCUUCACACCGGUGCCUUCCCUCAUCUUCACAUGUUUGCUGUCCAUGAUGUACGCCAUCUCCAACGACAUUUUCUCUGUCAUCAACCUCUUCAGCUUCUUCACUUGGCUGUGUGUGGGUAUGGCCAUUGCCGGCAUGCUCUGGCUGCGCUUUACCAAGCCCGACCUCAGAAGGCCCAUCAAGGUGUAUCUUUUCAUUCCUGUGACCUUCGUUCUGGGCUGUGUCUUCAUGAUCUUGGUGUCCUUCUGGGCGGCUCCCUUUGAGUGCCUGAUAGGCACCGGCAUUAUUCUCACAGGCAUCCCGGCGUACCUACUGGGCUACAAGUGGAAAAAACCCCAUGUGAUCAGGAAGAUGUCGGAAAUCUUCACCAUGUUCUGUCAGAAGAUCUUCAUGGCUGUUCCUGAGGAGAGGGAGCAGCAUGAGGCGGCUGAAUAACGCUGGACACACUGAACUACAUGAAGGACUGACUGUCAAUAUUAUCAUCUGAACAUCCUUCAUAUGUUUACAUUCAUUCGCUUGUGAUUUGGCUGAAGCAGUUUUGUUGUGAAACUUGAACUAUCCAGGCAGGGAGCUGUGGAACACAUUUGUAAUGUGCAAGUGCAGGCUGGAAAAUGACAGAGUGUUUACGUAUGCUCUUAUUUAGCCUUCAGAGUAAAACAACAUCUUUUGAUUACACUGCAAAAUUGGAAAAAUAUAUGUCAGACUCUGACAUUUCCCACUUGCCUUUCCUCUAAAUGUGAAAGUAUUUCCUAAAAUGCUAGAACAGGAAUGCAUUUUGCAUGUUAGAAAGUGAAUGGAGAGCUGAGUAAGUGUUGCAGACACAUAAUUUAAUGCGUGCGUUUGAAGCUCCAAACAAUUCACUCUGGUGGCCUAAAACUCAUUUUAAAAAGACUAACAAUCAAACUACACAUAUUUUUUGUAUACAGUUAUAUAGACUAUAAAAACUAACAAGUUAACAGUACAUACUUUCUUCUAGUGGACUGUUUGCAGUAAAAAGACCUUUCCUUAGAAACGUAUAACAAACAGUAUACAAAUAGGGUCAGGGUUGGAAGAGGAAAUCAUUAACAAGCAUAGCACUGAUUACAUUAUACUCAUACUAAUAUUUGUUUUAAUGAUUCCAAUAUUUGUAUGUUUUUGUAUUCAUUUGAUAAAUGAAGUCACAGCACCAUGUAAAAGCGCAAGCUAAAGUGAGUUACAACUGUGUAUAUGUCAUGUUUCCUGGAGAUGUGUUGCUGUGAAGUAGGUCUGUUUGCCCGAGUCAGCGUUCUAUACUGUACUGUAUGUGACAAUAUUUGAUGAAAUGACUGUGGAUACCAGCAGCUGUGGCAUUAUAAGAAACUAAUGACCUGCAUAGAUGUCAUUUUGGUUGUAUUUAAAAAGCACCAUUGUAGGUUUUGUGUUUUGUAUUGCUUGUAUCUAUGAUCUGUGUCAGUGCUGAUAUUCCAUUUGUUAUGUUUUAUUGUUACUAUAAGACCAGAAUGAAUGUUGCAAAUUAAGUGACACCAGUUUUGCCUUUAUAUUUUACUGAUAAAUUCUUACUUUUUAACUGAAUAUUUGAGGUUUUCCCAAAGUUAUUGAAAGCACUUUUCAAGUCUAUUUAAGAUGCCAGAGGAAAAUAUAUGGAGGUUUUGUUAGUUGGGAAAAGCUUAUAAUAGAGAUUCCACUUUAACUUCACAAAGUCUGGGUUUUGCCAUUACAUCUACCAAAAUUGUUAAUAAUAAUUCAUUCUGAUUGAAGACUCCCAACAAAAAGUUAUGUGCCAUUCCUCCAAAAUACAUUUUAGGUAAAGCUUUCGGAAAUAGUCUCCAACAUUUUAAUUGACAGAUACAAUGUGGUGUUUCUCCUCAAAGAUCAUUGUGUUAGUAAAUGGAAUUUGGAGCAAGGCAGCACAACAAAGUGGACAUAUAUCAAUUGAAAUAAAAAAAAUACCACCAUGGAUAUACAUCAUCAUACAUAAAGGUAGAAGGAAGAACGUGUAGACUGCUAGAGCUAAAGAAAAGUUGAUGGGAAAGUUUAUUGAACAUUUGGGAACAUGAUGCACCUUUUCCACUACACAAUUUAUCAAUGUUUAACUGUUAGAUAGCUAUGAGCACAACAGUAAACAGCACAAUAGUUAAAUAAUUAAUUAUGUAUGUGCCCUUUAUUACAAUCUAUGAAACACAUAUUUUAUCAUUGAUUGAAUGAAAAAAUUGUUUAUAAAGACCACAUCAUAUAUUUCAUGUCAUGCAAAACAUACUGUAUCCCGACGUACAAAGUGGUACUCUUUGUAUAAGUAAAUAAGUCCUUUAAAUGUAUAAACCUAAUGCAAAUGUUAUGGAGAAAAGACUAGUGUAGCACAUUUUGUAUCUAAAAAAUGUCAUUUGUUGCGAGUGUUGUAUGUCAGUGACCUUGGCGGGUGCCUGUAACAAUAAAAAUAUUUUUGUUCAAAGUU